GCAGCAGCAACAGUUGAUAGCCACGAACCCAACCGAGAGAUAGCUAGAGAAGGAGUGAGUGAGACAAACUACAUCAAAGCCAUUAAUUCAAAUUGAGGAUUAUGAGCGCAACGGCAACAGCAGCAACAGCAACAGCAACAACUAGGAAAAGCCCACGCCAAUGUAUGACAAGUCAAAGAAAACCUGGAGUCAGCGGCUCAAAAUCAGCAGCGACAAUAAAAACGCUUCUCUAGCCACAGCCGGCGGCAUGCAGACCCUACAACUGCUGCACAUGCAGCAGCAGCAGCAGCAACAGCAACAACAGCAGCAGCAGCAGCUGCAAUAUCAUCAUCAACAGCAGCAGCAGCAGCAGCAUCAUCCCCAUCAUCAUUUGCAGCAUUUAGCUUAUCAGCUGCCCCCGCCACCUGCCGCACCGCCGCCUGGCUAUGAGUUCUUGCCCAGCGCGCUGUCGCGCUCCAUGAAAUACGCAGAGCCCUGGAUCUAUGGCACGGUGCGUGGCAUACCCGCUCGCCCCUCCUACAACUAUGGGCAUCCGCAUGCAGCGGCUAUCUUUGCGACGGAUGGGGAGCCGGGCGGAGCCACAGCAUUGGCCGUUGUGAUCUGUUCGUGCGCUGAGUAUUUGAAUGGCACGAAACGUGAUGUGAAGAAGGCGAGCGUGUGCAAGAAGUGCAAAGGUUCACGCCUUCCUCUGGCCACCAUCAGUGGUGGCGGCACCGUUCGACUGCCAGCGGCAGCUGCUACCGUUCGGCGUCCGAUGGCGGCGACAAUGCGCGUGGUUAGCGCCACCAAAAAGUCACGUCCAACGAUUCUGGAUCCACAAAAGGAUCCCUAUGACCUGAUGCGACGCACAAGGCUGCUAUCGCCGGAGCCCAGCGCCGCCGAGUCAAGCGCCAAGGAAGGCAAGUCACGUAGCCGCGAAACAACUGCCACAGCCACAGCGAGUGCCUCGUCAAAUGGCAAGGCAACAGCAACUGCCACGAGCAUGCAACGCGGACGCACCAGAACGCGAGCACAGCUGCCCAUAGCUCGUACAUCGAAGAGCACGCCCACGGCUCCACCAGAUCCAGCCGAUUGCUGGCUUGAGGAGGACAACGAGGCACUGCUGCAAAGCAGCGGGCUGCUCAGCAAGCGGCAAGCAGCCAGCAAUUCGCGUCGCUCCAUCUUGCGCUGCAAUGUAAAUCCCUACGAACUGAUCUCAGUCGAAAGCCAAGCCAAGACCAAAAACCACGAUGACUUUGAUGUGGCCGAUGCUCAGCUGCACGAGGAUGAGCACGAACAGCAGCAACAACAACAACAACAGCAGCAGCAGCAACAACAGCAGCAACAGCGCAGCAAGUUCUACAACAACAAUGUGGCUGCCAUUGCCGGCCAGCGCAUUAGCCUGGGCGAGAAGUCAAGCGACGUUGCUGACUCCAGCGAUAGCUAUGAACGCAUAAUAAUUGCCACAGAGUCGACGCCACAUGCAGCUGCAACAGCUGCCAGCAAUCCAAGGCGUCCACCGCGCAACAAGAAGCCAGAGGAGUCGCUUAACCUGGCUCUCGUCGAUGCACAGCCAGCAGCUGUUGUUCCGGUUGCCGUUGCUGUUGCAGUUGCAGCGACUGGCGAUGAGGCUUGCAGCUCGGAGGCUUACACCGUGCUCACUGUGACGCCUACUUCGCCAGGCAUCAAGUCCAUACUGAAGCGGCCGACCACACUGGAGCUGAAUGGUCCUUUGCUGUCGUCUGACACUGGCUUGACGCCUGCAACGGCGCCUGUGUUGACGCCCGCGGGCAAGUCACAGUUCUAUAUACCAACGCCAACGACACCGGCGACAGGAACAGCAACAGCAACUGCCACGCCCACGCCCACAUCUGCGUCGAGUACACGCAAAAAAGUGCAAUUUAUGGUUGAGGAUAAAAUCAUAGCCACGACUACGGAUGCUGCAGCAGCCACGGCGACAACUGAUGACAGCGAAAAUUCCGUUGUUGUUGCUUCUGAUGAUGAGACAACAGCAACAGCAACAGCAACAGCAGCAGCAGCAGCAGCACCAGCAACUGCUGCAACAACAGCAAACUAUGAGUACUACAAUCGCAAGCGCAACGCAGCCACACAGCAGGCGACAGCACAGCAGCAAGAGCAGCAACAACAGCAACAACAACAAGAGCUGAAGCUGCAACUGACAUUGUCAGCGCUUGAAUCUGACAUUGAUGAUGAGUAUAACUUUACAGCUUCCGCUGAGCCAACAGGAACAACUUCAGCGCUGGCCACGCAUAUUAUGCCAGAUAGUUUGCAUUAUGAAGAUGUGCUGCCGCCUGUGCAUCAAAUAUUUGACAAUAGUCGCAGCAGCAGCAGCAAAAGCAACAACAACAGCAGCAGCAGCCAGCCGACUGAUGUUUGCCAAGUAGCUGAAAUUUUGCCAAACUCAACAACUGCUGCUGCAGCUCCUGCUGGCUUCAAAUUAUUAUUGUCGGCGUCAAGUCCGAGCCAUGCUGGGUCAACAGCAGCAACAGCAGCAGCAACAGCAUCCACAGGAACAGCAACAACGGCAGCAACAUCACCGCAUGUCACUGCAAAUGUUGUUAGCGCUUUAGCAGCGGGCAAAACCACAACAACGACGACAGCCCAAAAGACGACAGCAGCAAAUCGCGAUUAUGACGAUGAUGACGAGCACAACGACAGCAACAAUAACAACGACAAGGACCAAGACGAGGACUACGACCAGCAGGCUAAGGCUGACGCUGAGGCAGCGGCUGAGACUGAGCCUGCGACUGAGUCGAGGCAGGGUAAACUGAGGCUGCAGCAGCAACAGCAGCAGCAGCAGGAGCAGGAGUGCAAAGACGAGGCCAGCAGCAGCAGCAGCAGCAGCAGGCCGCGGGCAAGUCAAAAGCGUGCAGCACAAACGACACAAUCGCGAAAUCCCAUCAGACGCGCUCACAGCGAAAGGCAUUUGUCUGCCCCGCCCACCUCGAAGUCGAGGCCACAGAUUGGCCAGGACCAGGACCAGGAGCAGGCAGAAAACUCGGCCCAGGCCCCGUCGCAGUCUGGUGUCAUUUUAAAUUUUAAGGACACAAUGGCGCUGCGCAUAAAAAGCAACCGCAACGACUCGAGAGAUUUAUUUCAAAGGCGACCAACUGAGCCGCCGCCGCCGCCGCCUUCGCCAAAGACGUCGACCGCAAACGGAUUAGAGCGGCAGCCACAGCCGCAGCAAAUCAAUAAGUCAACUGCUGCUGCUGCCGCUCCAGCAGCGAGGUGCAUCGCCUGA